CAUGUUCUUUGCCUUUAACAUAUUCUAGGUACACAUAACACCGAGUGUCGGACGAAAAUGACCAUCUCCCUCUCGCCCGCAGACACGAACGACACCGCAUAUCCUAACGAUAACAUCCAUGCUUUAUAUCAUGGCUCCCUUCUUCAUCACCAACAAUGUCUCUCCGGUGACCUCGCUCAACAGUGCGAGGAAGAAAAUCAUUUAUCUCCUGCUUCUAUCCAACCACAAAACGACAACGCUCAUUCUAUCGGGACCCCGCAUCGCAAUUCCACUGGCGGGAAUGAAAUCCCUCCUCGGCCAGCAAGCCGACUGGACUUCGUAUUGGGAUCUUCAAGUACGCAGUUGGCCAAUGCCCAGGAUGAAGUUGAAACACAGGCACAGGUUCGUUCACACAAACGGACUCCAUCUGCUACUUUCCGGUGGACACGCGAAAUCUUGAAAAAGAUGCGGUUGACAGACGCUACUUCGACUUCCGACUUUGAACCUCCGCCCUGCCCUGAAAUAUCAGCAACGAUUGAGCCGUCCAAAGCGGCUACUUUUUUAUAUAACGGGUCAUUCGCUGAUGAUGAAGGCAUGUCGAUCACGAUCGAUAUAGCAAGCAGUCCUGAACUCGAUUCAUCAGCUUCAAACUCGUCGCUGCUCUCGUCUUCUUCCUCUGGUUCAUACCCAGCUCUCGAAAGUAUCACCAUCUCGUUGAGCUCGUCCUCUGACUUCGACGGCUCCUUGGAGGAUUCAGAUACGGACUCAGACUCGGACUCUCUGAAGGAAAUAGAUCUCGGCGAUGGGUUGACGGGAGAAGGAAAUGAAUGUGUUGCUCCUGUCAAAGAAGAACAGACAUAUGUUCAUACAUAUAGUCCAAUACCCGUUUCUCCGUCGAUGGUCCAAGCCCCCUGCACCCCAUACCCUGCCAAUCCACAUACAGAGUCCAUCCUGGAGUCAUUUGGAGAUGGAGAUCUAGAUCAGAAUAUGCUAGAAUAUACCCCGGAACCACGUCCCAAAUACACCUGUCUUCCCUCUCCAUUAUCCUUAUUUCCGCCUGUAAUACCGUCCCCCUUCUCGCAAUCGCAGUCUACACUACAGUAUCCAUCACAAUCUCCGUUUCAACCCCAACGGCACCUUUAUACCGAUAGAGGCCACUCGCGACAUGCUCUACAUUACCGCAAAUGGUUUUGGGCGUUGAGAGAGGAAGAUUGGGCACGUUACACAGAGUGGUUGGGAGAGUAUCAGUCUCAGCAGGAAGCCUAUUCAGGGAUGUCAACUUCGCCUGUCCUCACGACACAAAGUAGUGAACAGGAUAAAACAUGCACCCCCGCUGUGCAAGGAUGGCAGCCAGAGCCAGAAUGUUCACCUGUCUUACAAGGUUGGCAGCCCGAACUCAAAGAGCAGGAUCGGUUCAAACUGUUUCCUUCCCUCUUCUCCAGCUCGCGGGACUCGGGACCUAACAAUUCUCGGCAACAACAGACAGAGACCUCUGGAAGUAUUCUAGAGGAUUUUGCGCGCUCUAGCCUCCCACCAUUGACCAUUCAUCCUCGAUGGGGUGACAUCGUUAGAUUAAAUUUCGCCACCACUUACAGCUCUGCUGUCGCCUGCACCGAGACAUGGUGCAUGCACACAGAUCGCUAUCUUCUUGUGGGUAUGGGCUUAGGCUUGUGGACCAUUCGGAAGGUGUUAUGGUUGUCCGAGUUGAACCGCAUAUGUGCCAUUCCUCGUCCUCGCGAAGAAGAGGAAGAGGAGGAAGCAGAGGGCGAAAAAACGUUCGUUGUUGAUGACGAAAGCAAGGAUCCUAUAUCAGGAUCAUGCGCAGAAAAUUGUUCAAUUAGCGAUGAUAACGACAGCCUUUCUGAAGAGGAUGAGGACUCUGAGGAAGGAGAAGUGAUGUAUUCCUCUGUUGUCAGCCUGGCAUCUUUAAUUUCUACCACGACAAGCAGCGAAGACUCGGAUGUCACACUUGUCGAGAGCGAUAGUGAUUCAGAGGCUCCCCUCAACGCAUCUUCCAUGUCAGAUUUUGUCGCCCAGGCUGAGCCUCCACUCAGCGGGCGAAGUGUAGACUUUGACAAAACGUGUUCAUCUUCUGGUAUUCUUGCUGAUGAAGAUGAAGAGGAGGAUUUUGAAGAAGUCGAUCUGGGCUUGGGUUGUGGAAGUUCGGACGCGGCUUGUAGCAGCAGUUUGUCUGGUUCAUCUAACACGUCGGUGGACAUUUUUUGUCCCGAAAGAGAAUCGUUGGCAUUACUCCGGACGCUCUAUUUUGACUCGCAUGCCGUUUCAUCGUCGAUGGUUACGAAGGACUACGCGAUGUCAAACGCCCAGGGAAAAUGUAAGCUCAAUACACAACACCCACAAUUGGAAAUAGCUUCCCUAGCGAAACGAAGCUGGUACGAGCAAUGUGAGCUUCUACUUCAACUCACAGGUGCUAGGGAAACUCGAGUUUAAAUCACUAGAUAAUUUCGCCUUGUCGCCAAAAGAGGUGGAAAGAAUCACGAAUUUCUUGAACGACCCCACAUGGUUUCAAAUUUUGGUUUUAUGGACCACACCUACAUUCAUACCUUUGCCACGUCUCCGCUGGCUAUUCACCUUGCACAUUGCAUACACACGAUCUACGAGCACGUCAUGACACCUUUUCGUAUCUGCAUUUCGCAUUUCCAACAUCACACACUUUUUUU